UUCCAUACUUUCAUCUUCAUUCUCUCUCUCAUAGAUAUAUACACACAAAAUAUAUUGAGAUAUACAAUACCAGGCUACUUAGCUCACGAUUGUCUCAUUGUUCUCAACAACUCCACAUAAAAUGAAGGCGUUUCAAGUGGGAGUAUGGAGUCUAUGGUCAAUUUGGCUAUGUGGGUUGGCGUUAUUUUGUCUCUCCCUGUAUGCUACUCAAUGCUUUCUUCCUUCCCUCAAGGAUCAGAUCAUGAGGCCUAAGCUUAGUCAACUAGGUGCCGGCGUUUCGGAACCUCCGAGAAUUAUCAUAUUCUCAGCUCCUAGGCCGUUCACUGGUUCUGUUGGGGCUAGGCAGAAUUUAGCUAUUCGCUCAUGGCUUGCUUUGUCCCCACAGAUUGCAGUUGUGCUGUUCAGCAAAGACCCUUCUGUUGUUUCUUUCGCUGGAGCGUUUGAUUCGCGGGUUUUGGUCGAACCCAACAUUGAUUUCACGUUCCUCGGUACCCCAUUUUUUCAUUCGAUGAUGGCAAGAUCAAGGUCAUUUUCAUCAGACAUUUCUGUUCUGGUUGAUCCUGAAACCAUUGUUUUACCUGACUUCAUUUCCACCAUGAAUUAUGCUUACAAACUUGACCAUGAUUGGCUUCUAGUUGCUUCAUCACGAAAUGUGUCCGACCUCCCAUUCUACUUGGUUGAGGAUGGAAAGCAUUGGCGAAGAGAGAAUGGGAAAUUGAUGACGACAAAGGAGGAGAUUUUUGGGCAGAGUUGGCAGUCGACUCUCUGUGAAGGAAAGCUGCUUAUGGCAUGGAAUAACAAAGAUCUUCCCCUACAUUCUGGAGUGCUUCCUCCUUUCUUGCAUGGUAGGGGGGUGCACAACAGUUGGGUCGUCAGUGAGGCCUUGUCGUCUGAGCUUAGGUUUGUAUUUGAUGCCAGUUGGACAAUCUCAAGCUUCUAUCUAGUUGAUCAGGAACAUCAGACUGACUGGAAUGUCGGAGGUUCCAAUGCUUCAAAUUUUGAAAGAAGCUGGGAAUAUGCUGGAAAUUCUCAUAUUGGGGCACUAUAUGGAUCAUUGUCUUAUCACGAAAUUAAUUACCGUAGCCUAGUAAAACUUUUGAAAUGUGACGGGCAAUAUAUUUUUGUCAAUACAACGGAAAACAUCGUUUGUCCGACGGUAUACCAGAGUGCAGGGAGAUUAUGGAAAGGAUGGAUAUUGCGUUUCGGGUGGAAGAAGAACACUUUGGCUUGGGCUGAGGGUGUUAAAUCACCAGGCCAGUUAUCAGACUGUUCUCAGAUGGUUCCAACAAAGCAUACGAAACCAUUAGACCUUCCAUUCUCUUUAGAGACACUUCUCUCGUUCAAUGCAGACAAAAAUAACACAAUUGUGCUUACUGCUGCGGGAUAUAGUUACAAGGACAUGCUAAUGAGCUGGGUGUGUAGAUUGCGCCAACUGCAGGUCACAAAUUUUAUCAUUUGUGCCCUUGACCAGGAAAUAUACGAGUUUGCUGUCUUGCAGGGCCUGCCUGUUUUCAGGGAUCCAUUAGCUCCAAGUGAGAUCAGCUUCAGUGAUUGCCACUUCGGAACAAAAUGUUUUCAGAAGGUGACAAAAGUGAAGUCCAAAAUGGUUUUGAAGAUACUGAUGAUGGGUUACAACGUGCUUCUUAGUGAUGCGGAUGUAUAUUGGUUUAGAAACCCGCUGCCAUUGCUCUACUCUUUUGGUCCUGCUGUUCUUGCAGCUCAGUCUGAUGAAUUCAACAAAACAGGACCAAUUAACUUACCUAGGCGGUUGAACUCUGGCUUUUACUUUGCCCGUUCUGAUGGUUCGACAAUUGAUGCUAUGAAGAAGGUGGUGGCACAUGCAGCAACUUCAGAUCUAUCUGAGCAGCCAAGCUUCUACGACACACUAUGUGGAGAAGGGGGUUCCAAUCGUGUGGGUGACGAUAGAUGCUUGGAACCUGAAACAAAUCUGUCCGUCCAUUUCUUGGACAGAGAUCUCUUCCCAAAUGGUGCAUAUCUGGACCUGUGGCAGAGAAAAAAAGUGAGAGCAGCCUGUGUGAAGCAGGGUUGUUUUGUUCUCCAUAACAAUUGGAUCAGAGGGAGACUGAAGAAGUUAGAAAGGCAGGUUUUAUCAGGUUUAUGGGAAUAUGAUACUAGUACAAGGAUGUGUCAGCACCAUUCCAAAUUAGUAAAAAAAGUUUGAGACCCAAUUGGUGGUUUGUUAUAAUCAUUAGUGACUCACUUCGGUUUUCACAUCCAACAAUGAUAAAGAAACUAUUCCUUCUCUCAUGUUUGCAACUAUGAGAGCCUUGGUUUCAUCACAGCUUCCUCUGAAAGGGAAUAUUAAAUUAAGGAGAGCCGGCCAUGAAAAACAGGAAUUACCGUCUGUGGCUAAUGCUUAAUAAUAUCAAGGCAAUAGAAUGAUCAGAAUCCCCACCAGUGGACUAUGUUGAAACAGUUUGGUCAGGCUUCUUUUAAUUGUGGCUAUGCUGAAGAGGUUCAUCCAGUUGUUAGGCCUAGCCUGGAAUACCGACAGUGGAAGACACAAACAGUUGAAAGGAUCUACCAUAAAUGAACGAUCUGCAAGUAAGGAAGUAGGAGCUCCCAUAUCAUUGGACUUCAGUUUACAGUCGAAGAAUAUUUUUGUGAGGAUAGUCCACGCAGGUGGGCGAGAGGAGCUGUAUCAGAAUGUAGUUCCUGCAUCUCUGUUGAUGGAAAAGUAUCCUGGGAUGUGCGUUGCCCGCCCAGAGGUGUUCAAAAAUCCUCAGGAGUCCCUUUUAGGGCCAGAGGAGAGCCUUUUGCCUGGUCAGAAGUAUUAUAUAAUACCAACUACUACAGUGCAGAAAAUUAAGCAUAAACAUGAAAAGAAAGCUAGGGCCAAAGAACCUGCUGAAGGCAAAGAGUCUCCAGAUGGGAUCAUUGUGAAUGCAGGAGGUUGGGACACAGAUGAAUCUAGUUGCUCUGAUAAAGACUAUUAUAUCUCCAAGGAAAGGUGGUCAAAACGUUUACGGAGAAAAGGUAUUAGAGGAAAGAAGCCUUUUGUUCCCCCACUCCCGAAGACUAAAUCAUGUAGAGGAUUGGGAUGGGAGCCAAGUCUCACUUCUGUACAAGAGCUUUCUCCAUGACUUUCUGUAAACUAUCAACCUUGCGCUCGUAUUCUGGUACGUGGUUGAAUUGCUACUGCAAUAUUUUGGUUCCAUGAAAAGUCUGAGAGAGAUGUAACAAAAAAAUUUAUACACCAUAAAUAAUUAGUGUGCGAUUUCCAGCACUAUAUUCUAUAGACAUGCCGUUUUAAAGACUAGAUUAGUCGUGUACCAUAAUUAUAGGAGUUGUUUUCAACAAAUUUUCACUGUCAGACUCUCACAAUA